AUGAUUAGAGACCUGAUUGACAAGAACCUAUAUGAUGAUGCUCUCUCCCUGUACAUUGAAAUGGUGAAAGAUGUUGUUUUUCCUGAUGAUUUCACCUUCCCAUUGGUGCUCAUGGCUUGCUCCUCUAUAGUGGGGCUAAGAGAAGGCCAACAGGUUCAUAGCCACCUGAUUAAGCAAGGAUUUUCCAUUGGUAAUGUGUAUGUACAAAACAGUCUCAUGCAUAUGUAUUCUUCUUGUGAUAAACUACAUUUUGCACGCCAAGUUUUUGAUGAAAUGCCCGUAAAAAGUUUGGUUUCAUGGAACACAAUGAUUGCUGGGUACUCAAAGCUCAAUGCUCAUGUAUUUGUCCCAGAUUGUAGAGGACUCCAAGAUGCUAUUUUGCUUUAUGCACUAAUGAGGCAUCGAUGUAUCAGUCCUGAUAAAUUCACAUUCACCGUCGUUCUUAGAGCUUGUGCUUCGGUUCCUGCUGUUUUGGAGGGGCAUCAAGUCCAUGCUCAUGUCGUCAAAUUUGGACUUGAAUCAGAUGGGUUUGUGAAGAAUGGCAUGGUUGACAUGUACUCGAAAUUUGGAGAUAUGGGUUAUGCUAGAAAGGUAUUUGACGAGAUCCCUAACAAGGAUUUGGUCUCUUGGAAUGCUUUAAUUGCUGGUUUUAUAAGGUUGGGUGAUAUGGGUUCCGCUGAGGCUUUGUUCAGGGACAUGGCUGAGAGGGAUAUCGUUACUUGGAAUGCCAUGAUCACAGGAUAUGCACGCAGCGAGCAUGCUAGUGAGGCAUUGGCACUUUUUCGACAAAUGCAAGCCGAGGGCAUUAGGCCUAAUGCAGUUACUAUUGUGGGUGUGCUCUCGGCUUGUUCACUUUUGGGUGCAUUGAGCUUAGGCAUGUGGCUUCAUGCAUAUAGUGAUGAACAUGGGUUCAGUUCAAAUGAGUAUGUUAGUGCCACAUUGAUUGACAUGUAUGCCAAGUGUGGAGAUAUUGGAAAGGCUUUCUAUGUUUUUGAGAGGAUGCCUUACAGGGAUGUUGUUGCUUGGGAUGUUAUGAUUGAGGGGUUCGCCAUGAAUGGGAGGGGGCAAGAGGCAUUGAGGCUUUUCGAAAGGAUGAAAAUGAAAGGGGUAGAGCCUGAUGAGAUUACCUUUGUUGGGGUAUUGAGUGCCUGUAGCCAUGCUGGGUUGGUUGAUGAAGCCUUCAAACAUUUCGAAAGCAUGGGCUCUGAGUUUGGUAUUUUACCUAAAGUUGAGCAUUUCACAUGUCUGGUUGAUCUCUUGGGUCGAGCUGGUCGCUUACGUGAUGCUUUGGAACUUAUUGAGACCAUGCCAAUGAAUCCGGAUAGUGUUAUUUGGGGUGCAUUACUGAGUGCUUGCAGAAUUCAUGGAGAUAUCGAAUUAGCCGAAUGUGCACUACAGCACAUAGUUCAAAUAGGUUCAGAUGAUGCGGCCAAUUAUGUUCUUUUAGCGAAUAUAUACUCUAAAAAGGCCAAAUGGGAAGAAGCUGUGAAAGUGAGACAGUUGAUGAAGUCAAAGGGCCUGAGUAAGGAACCUGGGUGUAGUUUGAUUGAACUGGCAGGUGAGGUUCAUGAGUUUUUAGCAGGGGAUGUUUCUCAUCCCCAAUAUAGCAAUAUUUCAACUAAAUUGGAUGAUUUAGUUAGGAACUUGAAGGCUGCUGGUUAUGUGCCAAAAAUAGGCUCAGCGUUGAGAGAUAUGGUGGAAGAGGAGGAGAAUGCACUGCACCAUCAUAGUGAGAAGAUCGCUGUUGCCUUUGGGCUUAUCAGCACGGAUCCUGGCACCAUGAUUCGGAUCGUGAAAAACCUUCGAAUUUGUGAGGAUUGCCAUUGUGCACUCAAGCUGAUUGCAAGAUUGGAAGGACGCGAAAUCAUAGUGAGAGAUCGUAGUCGAUUCCAUCAGUUUUGUAAGGAUGGCACUUGUUCAUGUAGCGAUUAUUGGUGA